UAGUGUCGAGAGGCAACAGGUGAGGUCAGUAGCUGUGUGUGUAUCUCACUGUCUCAUACACUUGACACACUCUGCAGUGUUACUCGGGAUAAAAAGUCAGUGCUGUCUCUUUGUCAACCCAUCAGAGAGAGAGAAGAAAUCCCGUCUAUUUGGAGGAUAAGGAUUUUAUCAUUAGCAACUCCAGGGACUGCCAAGAUGUUUAAAAAGAAACCCAAGAACGUAACUCCCCCCAAAACCAAGAAGGUGCCUUCAAAGCUCUCACAACUGAUCGAGCGACUGCAGAUGAACGCAGAUGAUGUGGAGAAGAAUAUCUACAAGGUGGAGGAAUGCCUACUCCAGGAUAUCCGGAGGAUAGAGGAGGGGAAAGAGUUCAUAUUCCAGGAGGAAACCACCAAGUUGAUGGAUAAUUCGGAUGAAAAACUGAUGGAUCUUCAGAAAGAUGCUCAGACAGCCAAUGCUGAGAAACAUCCUCAAUCUGACAUGAUUGUGGAAGACAUCAAGCAGUUGAAACAAAGAGUACUCAAGCUGCGAGCGGAACAUGAGAAGGUUUACAACUUGACCCGGACAGAUGGAAUUCCUACUAUUGACUGGUCCAAAAUGAUCGAUGAGAAACAGGCAGAACUGAAUAACCAAGGCUUUGGCAAUGAGCUGCCAUUUGUUGAUCAGCAGCUGGAGCAACAUAAGCUCUUCACUAAAGAGGUGGAAACGAUCGGAGAUCACAUCAAGGAGCAUGAAGACCAGGACUACAUCAGUGGUAUUCAAGUGAAGUACAACAAGCUGGUGAAAGGGACCCAGCAGCGGCAGCAAGACUUGGAUAGUCUCCGUGAGUACAUGCAGAACUGUACCAACGAGCUGUACUGGAUGGACACGCAGGAAGAAGACCGCCUGCGCUAUGACUGGAGUGACCAGAACCUCGACUACAAGAGCCGCCACCGUCAGUACGAGAGCUUUGUGGGACGACACCUCGAGGCGAAGGAAAUGACUGUUAACAAACUGCACGAUGAAGGCAACAAACUGUUAAAGGCAAAUCACCCGGGAAAGAACGCUAUUGAGGCUCACAUGGAAGCUGUUCAUGCUGACUGGAAGGAAUACCUCAACCUGCUGAUCUGUGAGGAGAACCACCUCAAGAAUAUGGAUGACUACCACAAGUUUUACAAAGAUGCGAAGGACAUGCAGGACCUUCUCAAGAAAGUUGACACUGACCUGGAUCAGAAAUACAGCCCAGAAUUCAAGGAUGAAUUCCAGCUUCAGACUCUGCUUCGUGACCUUGAAGACCAGGACCGAGCGCUGGACAAGUACGAUGAUGCGGUGCAAACCCUGAAGAAACGUAGCCAGCAGGUGCUGCCUCUGAAGUAUCGGCGUGCCAACCCUCCGAAGCCCGUCCCAGUCGAGGCUCUUUGUGACUUUGAAGCAGAAGAAGCACAUAUCCAGCGUGGAGAGAGGUAUAUUCUGAAUAAGAACCUCAAUGGAACUCACUGGGAAGUGUCUGAUACAGCUGGCCAGAAACUGAAGGCACCUGCUGUUUGUUUUAUCAUCCCUCCGACUGACCCUGAAGCCACAGCAAUUGGAGAUGACAUUACCAACCAAUACAAUAGUGUCAAGCAGAAGAGUGGCAGUGCUAAGAACGUUCUGCAGAAACGUUACAACGAGAUUAAACAAGGGAACAAACCAGUGGUGAAGACUCCCCAAGUUCCAGUAUCAAAUACCCAGGACCAGCAAUGUCUGAAACUGCUGUCGGACUUGGAUAAGAUUCAGAAUGAUAUAGCCAAACAGGAGAAGGCAAUCCAGUCCUGUACCCGCCCACCACUGGAACAGAAGAAGCCCAUCCAGGACAGCAAGGACCGCAUCCAGGACCUAAAGAACAUCAGUGGUUCAAUUGGCCAGAUUGAAAUAGCAAAGAUGUCCAAAGAAAGGGAGUGCCAGGGAUUUCUGUCCCAGUAUCCCCAGGUGGCUGGUGCUCCUCAGCUUCGCACCAAACUGGAUGACACUAACAACAAGUUUGACCAGGUCAGCCUCCUGCUCAACUGCUCUGAAGAGAAGGCACAGGCUGCGAACAAGUUGGAGAACACACUCCAGAAAGGCAGGACCACUUUGUCAGAAUACGAGAACAAACUGCUCAAGGAUCAGACUGUCCCAGAUAGUAUCUGGGGACUGGAUAGCAAGAAGCAGGAACUUGACGCUAUGCGCUCAGAGCUCAAAUCCAAGAAAGCAAUUCUUCAGGAGGCUGACCAGGACUUGAACAGAGUGAAGAGAACCUGCAACGUGCUGACCGACAACUUUCAGGAGCACUGCCCCGAUGUCGAGCGACAGGCCUCCGAGGUCAAGAAGCUCAACAAGCGCUACGACAACAUCAACAAGCAACUGGACAUCCGAUCUGAAAAUCUACAAAAGGCCAAGGAUGCGUACUCCAGUUUCCGGAGUGGUAGUGACUCUCUGGAUAGCUGGCUCUCCAAUAUCCCGAACUACGAACCCCGGGAGACGGACAGCGCCAAGAACAUCGAUAACAAACUGAAGAAUCAAAUGCGUAUUUUAACAGAUAUUACUAACAAGGAGCCGGAACUAGUGAAAGUAACUAGUAAUGCUCAGCAAUAUCAACAAGCAGCUAAGGAUUAUGAACUUGAGGCUGAGAUGUUCAAAUCACUGAUCAACCCUGAUAAUGCGCAAACAUCUUCCAAAAAGCCAAAAUUCACAUCGCCAGCUGACAAGAUUAAAGAGGAGGAAACCGCCUUGGCCACCAAGUUUACAGCAGCAAAAGCCGAGAACAAUCAGCGAAUGCGGAACCUGGAGUUUGCUCAGGGCUUGUUGAAACAGCAACCGGAAGUAGAACAGGUCCAGCAACAGGUUCAGUCGAGAAGCUACGCCGCGGCUCCUAAAUAUUCCACUGGGCAGGACAAACAACUGAAUGACGAGAUGCAACGCCGGUUGGAAAUGGAGAACCAGAUCAGGAAAGUGCAGCAGGAGAUUUCGGCUUUGGAGGGUCAGAAGCUGCAGGGGUCGCUGGUCAAGAAAGAGUUUGUGAAGAAGAUCGCCGACCCGCAGCUCGACGAGGAGAUGAACAGGGUUCAGGAAGCUUUGGCCGACGAACAGUUGCAGAGCAAAUCCUUGGAGAAUGAGCUGGACAUCUUGCGUCGCAAGCUGCGUACGCUGGAGCAAGCAAAGAAAGAUCCCGCCAAGCAGUACGUGGUCAAGGAGGUGUUGCGAAUCGAGCAGGACAAGGAUCAGGAGAACGAGAUCCUGAGGCUCAGGGAGGAGCUGGAAGAAAUCAAAAGGCAGAAGGCGGCAAAGGAAAACGACAUUGUGCUGCUGCAGAAACGUCUCCGGGUCUUGACCGAAGAGAAGAGCAAGGAGCACGAGAAAAUUACAGAGAAGGAGGUCUUCAAGGUGAAGAACGACCCGGAGUUGGAGGUGGAGUACAAGCGGCUCCAGGACAAUAAGCAGCACGAAAGUCUCUUGCGGCAGCAGAAAGAGGAGGAACUGAGGCUGCUCCAAGAAAAGCUGAGGCGACUGGAGCAGGAAAAGGCCAAGGAGGAGGAGAAAGUGACCGUGAAAGAGGUGCUGAAGAUGGAGAAAGACCUGAACUUGGAGAACGAGGUGAACAACCUGCGGCGCCAACACGAGGAUGAGAUGGCCAAGAAACGAGCCCACGAUCGGGAGAUCACCGAGCUUGCGAAAAGGAUCAAGACGCUUGAGGAGGAAAAGGCAAAGCCGGUGGUUCAGGAGAAGGUGCGCGAGAUUGUGCGGCCUGAUCCGAACGCGGAAACCCAGGUCACCAACCUGAGGAAUGACCUGAUCGAGCAGCAGAGGCGCUACAAAGACGCCGAGCAGCAGCUGAAGAGCAUCCACGAUGAAAUCACACACUUAAAAGAUAAAGGCCCAAAAGUCGAGAUAAAGGACAACAUUAAAGAAGUCAUAAAGUACAAACCCGAUCCCGAAACGGAGCAGGAAUUGGAGAGGCUACGGGACGAGGUUGUGGACAAAACACGCCAAGUGGAAAGAGCAGAGGUGGAAAUCAGUCAGUUGGAGAAGGAGAUCGAGAUGUUGAAGAACAGCAAAGCUCCAGUUCAGAUGAAAGAAGUCAUCAACGAGGUUCUCCAGUACCGCGAGAACCCGCAGACCAGACAGGAAGUGGAGUUCCUUAAAACCAAACUUGCAGAAGAGCAGAAAAAACAGCUGGAGCUGGAGGGGGAGAGGGCCCUCAACGAAGAUAACAUCCAACAGAAGAAGAGGGAUCUGGCGCAAGUGCGAGAGAAGGUGGUGCACCAGGAGGUGGUGAAGCUCGAGCAAGAUCCCACCUUAAAGGCGGAAUGUGGGAACCUGGCGAGUGAAAUCGAGCAGGAGCGAAGGCAGAAGGAAAAUCUGAAAGCCCAAAUCCAGACACUGCAACUCCGCAAAGCCGACUUGGAAGAGCAGCUGCAGGAGCUCGAAGCAGAGAGGCAAGCUCGACGCAACGCCGAGCUGGAGGUCACGAGGCUGAGAAGGAAGCUCGAUGACCUCGAGGAGAAAGAGAAGGAGAUCAGAGACAAAGUGACUGUACAGCAGAAGGUCGUCUUGGAGAAGGAUCCUAUGCAAGAAAAGGAGGUGUCACUGCUGAAGUUGCAUGUGGAGGACGAGAAAGAGAAUCGCAAUAACCUUGAGAACGAUCUCCAGGCUCUAAAACUCAAACAGAUAGAACUUGAAACAACAAAAGUCAAGGAGAAGAAUGUUGUCACAGAGAAAGUUCAAGUCGAGAGAGAUCCUGAGACGGAAUUGGAAAUUGAGCGUCUUCGGACGAGCUUGGAGGACGAGGGGAGACUGAAGCGGGACCUGCAGAAUGAGCUGAACCACCUGCAGGCGAAACUGUCCGACUUGGAGUUCAAAGACACCAAGGGACUGAAGGACAUGGAGCAUUUGAGAGAGGAGAACGCCAAACUGCAGAGGGAAAACCAGAACUUGGUCAGCGAGUGCAGGAGGCUGCAGUCGGACAUACAGGUGACCGUUCAACAAACCCAAGAUGUGAAGUCCGAGAAGUCGGCCUCAGAGGUUGGGAACACCGAUCUUAUGGAGACCCGGUUUGAAUCCCUCCAGAGGGAACUCGAUGAUCUUAGGCAGACAACGACAUCCAAGAAUACUGAAAUUGCAAAUUUGGAGAAGCAAUUAAACACCAUGAAAGUGAAGACAGAACAGCGGGAAAACAGCUUAAAACGUCACAUUGUAGUUAUCGACCCAGAUACUGGCAAAGAAAUGACACCAAAGGAAGCCUAUAACCUUGGCCUCAUUAACUGGGACAUGUUUAUCAAUCUGGAAAGUCAGGAGUGCGACUGGGAGGAGAUAACAUUAAAAGGUCCUUCAGGCACUUCCUCAGUUCUCCAUGAUCGAAAAUCCGGCAAGAAGUUUUCCAUUGACGAAGCUUUGCAGCAGGGAAAGAUUACUGAGAAGCAGUUUAAGCAGUACGUGAAUAAGGAGAUCCCCAUCCAAGAAUUUGCAGUCCUGGUGUCGGGAAAAUCCGAUGAUACACAUUCAUCAUCUCCAGCCAAUCAUCAGCCAAAUUCCUCCACCAGUUCUGGCCAACUCCUGAACUUCUCCCCGACUAACGAGAAGCAACAGCCAAUCGGAGGCAUCUUUGACGUUGACGACGAUCGGAAAAUGUCAAUCACCAACGCAGCUAACCGAAAUCUGAUUGACACCAACACGGCCCUGAGGCUUCUGGAAGCUCAGGCUGCCACCGGUGGAAUUGUCCACGUGAAUGACGGCAGUAAAUUUGAGAUCAAGAAGGCUGCGGAACUUGGCCUCAUUGAUAGUGCGCUCGAACAGAGGCUGUUCGAUGCCGAAAGCGCCUACAAAGGCAUUGAAGACCCAAAGACCAAGACAUUGCUUCCAGCUGCUCAGGCUGCAGAGCAUGGCUGGCUUUACCGUGAGGCUGCCGAACGGUAUUUGGAAGCACAGUACCUAACUGGAGGUCUGAUCGACCCAGUCACCUCUGAAAGAAAAUCAUUAGCACGAGCGAAAUCAUCUGGUCUGAUAGAUGAUGACGGGGCCAGAAAACUCAAAGAUGAGACCCUUUAUCCAAAAGAUCUGGUGGACCCAAUUAGCAAACACCGCAUCAGCUACAAAGAAGCCUUGGAUAUAUCCAUUGUUGACCAGGCCACUGGACUUCUGCUGCUACCUGUCUCCUCCAAGUCUCCCUAGUGCCUUUCCUUUGAUACAGUCAUCAAAGCACAAUCAUCUACAGCUAAUAGCAUACAGACCAACUCAAAAGCAGAAGAAUUACAACUAUUGGAUGACUCCAGCUGAAUUUAUAUGGGAUGUUGGGGGGAAGCUACCUGAAUUAAUGCCAAUAUUAAUAUUAGCACCUAUUGCGACCAUUUCAGGAUUCUGUCUUGUUUUCUAGAAGCUUUUGUAUUUUAAAGAACAUUUCCUUCUUACUUUCUAUACAAAUGUAUUAACUGCAAUAAAACAUGUAAAGGGAGGCAACACUUAUUCGAAUCUUGUGUGUUACAGCUGCUAAUAAGUUAGACCCCAAGUUAUUAGUGGGGCAACUUGAUAGUAUAAUAUACUCCCUUAUAGUUAGAAGGGAGAACUUCCCAAGAAAACACUUAGAUGAAGAUUCAGUUGCUGUCUUCCCUAGCUUAGAAGACCAGGAUGGAAUCUUAUCCAAGGCCAUUUCCAACUCAAGUCUUGAGUUUCCCACUUGGUUGACAUCAAGUAUUCGAAUCAUUUUUGCCUGAAGAAUUUUAAAGCCUCUCAGGUUUUGCAAAACACAAAUUAAGAAAGUUAAAGUAAAUCAAUAAAGAGAGACUGAACACAUGAUACUUGACACCAGAAAACCUUUUUCACCAAUUGAGUGUCUUUUUAUAUUGGAUAUCUAAAAUGGGGUGAAAAAAAACCCUUUGAUUUCCAAAAUGACUUAUAGUUGCCCACAAUGAAUUCAAUCAGAACAAUGGACUGAGCCUACAGGGUUCAAAGACCAAACAAAGAAGGUGGGGGGAGGGGAGAGAAAAAAAACUUGAGCAAAUUUAUUCAUUCUGUUUUAGGAAUCAAAGAUGCUUUCAAUACUUUGGUACGGGGGAAAAAGGCAGAACAAUAAAAAAGCUUAUAACGAUGAGUUGGACCUGAAUGUCCUAAACCUGAAUUUUAUAUUCCAAGGCGAUGAAAUAUUCACAUCUAACUCUGCAUUGAAAAAAAAACAGAUGCUUUCACAGUGAAUGCAACUUUUGUAAUUCUUUUUAUAAGAUCAGGUUUCAGUGGUGAUCUUUUAGAAAAGGAAUGAAUGUUCAAGAAAAUAAUAUAUUGCAUGAAUUUGUGACUGUAUUACACACAUCUCCAUUUUUUGACUUUAGGUUGCAUCUAUGGUAUCUUUCAGGGAAUAGAAUGAUUAAAAGGGAUCUAUUUAUAAUAUAAAAAUUUAAAAAUGAACUGUUCUAGUGUCUCUGCUGUUUAUGGAGUAUUUGCAAUUUAACCCACUAGAGGUGGUGGUAAUGUUACAGAAGUAACAAUAAUCCAGGCCAAUGCUCUGAUAUAGUUCCAAGUCAGAAUGAUAUGUGGCUUGGAUAGGGCAUUGAAGAUGGAAGAGUUACAAUGCAUUUGCUGCCCUUUCCCUGUUAUUUUUUAAUAAAGAAACUUGUUCUGAAAGCAAAAGUCUUGUUGGACUUGAAACAUUAA